UCAGCUGUCCGGCCUGCAUGCGGUGGUGGCUCCCCCGCCGUCUCCGCUUGCCAGCCGGAGGCCAUGGGCCGCGGGUCGGCGAGCGGCACCGCAAGCGUGGCGCCGUCCAGCGGUGGCCGGAGUGGCGGAGAGGUGGCCGAGAGGGUGGCCCGCCCCAGCGACGCCCGCUCGCUGCGGGAGAAGACGAGGGAUGAGCUGCACGAGUCUGGCGAGACCGUCAUGUUCAGUCAUAUCCUCCUGCCUGUGCUUGCCCACGGCUCUCGUCUGAUCUACGCGCCCGACGAGGUCGUCGCACACAUCGCAGGCAAAGUCUUUGGAAUGGUAUCCACCGCGUGCACUGCGUCGACUGUUGACGCACGGAAGUUUAGUGAUAAUCUGCCGAGGGAUGUGAAGAAGCUCAUGAAGGAAUAUUGGCCCAUCAUGGUGUCUUUCACCAUUGGAGUACUCAUCUUUCACAGAUACGCGCAGACCCUGAAGUGCGCGAUGCAGAAUACAUUCUUGGGAUGGGCUGAUUGGAAUCGGGAGAUGGGGAUGGUGGCACGCUUCUUCAGUAUCAGCGCUUUGAUGGUCGUGCGGCUUAUCGUUAGCAACGUGCUCCCUUUCACUUCCCCUGCCUUUGCGUACCUCAUCGCGAAGUCGCAGCCUGAGGGUGAAGGCGUUGCAGGAACCUUUUACCUUCUUGCCUGUAGCAUGCCCGCGGGAGCUCUUAUACCCCUUCUCGACACUUUCGCGAAGCGCUACUACGAUUGUGAGUUCUUGGUGACGAAAUAUGCCAGCAUUGCUACGGACUACUUGCCUUUCUCGUUUUGGGUGCGUCCAUUAUUCAUGGAACCGGCGUUCCUUUCGGCAAAGAAGGCUGGCUUCGACGACAAAGGUGCCGCCUCCGCGGCUGUGCUCACAGGGCACUUCAUGAUUUGGGCCGGCCCGGCAACGACGAUGCACCAGCGGAUGUUCGUCCCGGAUAUCAUUACCUGUGUCUUGAUUCAGCCGCUCGGGCUCAUGGAGGAUGUUGCUGUCGUUCUCGCCACGUGGGCGGGCGAAACGCCUCAGAGCCAGAAGGCCGCCCAAAUUGCUUUGUACGUGUUCAUGCUCCUGAUGAACUGCGUGCAAUACAUCACGUCCAGGUCGGAGUUCAUCGCGUUCACGUCAAUGCAUGCUGCGUCUAGUGCCCGACACUUGAUAGUUGGGGCUUUGACGCUAAUAUUCCUGACGCUGAAAUUUCUGCAGCCUGUUAAUGAGCCUAGUACAACUUCCACCUUCACAACGAGUGCAAUAUCAUUCUGUGCAACGGAACACACCAACGUGACCGCCGUCACCUGGACAGUUUUACAAGUGUCGGCCGAAGCGGUAAUGUGUUCAGUUCUGGCCAAGGUGUUGGUCAAUUGUUUCCCGUGUGUCGAUGUGGAUACUCUUGUUCUCGAUCGGGAUGUUGGUGAUGUCCAUCAGGGCACGUGGUGCGACGUGACAGCCCAGCCCAGGGGCGACCUCAUGCCGUACGCGUCGCAACACGCCGCGGGACGCCCCCUGCUCGGUUGA